GUCUACAAAUUCUGAGCUGUGUAGCGACUGUCUGAGCCAGGUUAAUGCAGCCCCCGCUCCGAGCAGCUCGCUAUCUUUUUAGAUCGUCACAGCCUUCAUCUUGGAGGCAGAGAGAGCCUGCUGGCGCUCCCCUGACAAUAACAGAGGCUUUACCCGGAAGAGCCAUACAUUCCUGCCUAAAAUAUUUAGAAAAAUGUCUACUCAGUCAUCGAAAGAGAGGCCUGAAAAUCUGCAGUUUCCAUUCUUUGACGAUGAUACUACCAUUUCUACAGUCAAAGAAUCUAAAACCCUUUUUAUCAUAAGAGGCCUGCCUGGCAGUGGGAAAUCCACUCUUGCCCAGGCUAUUCAAGACCAGUAUAAGGAUGCCUGCAAGAUCGUUUCAGCAGAUACGUAUAAAUUUAUACCUGCAAUAAGAAGCUCCAUUCCUGAAGAUUAUUCAAAGUUGGAUGAGGAUUUAGUUGACUAUUGCAAGCGAGACAUCAGUGUUGUUGUUGUGGAUGAUACUCACCAUGAACGGGAACGGCUAGACCAACUCUUUGAUAUUGCUGACAGAUACCAGUAUAAAGUCCUCUUUGUUGAGCCCAAAACACCUUGGAAGAUGGAUUGCUUGCAGCUUAAGGAUAAGAAUCAGUGGAAACUGUCUGUUGAAGAUUUGAAGAAGAUGAAACCAAGCUUGGAGAAGGAUUUCCUACCUUGUUAUUAUGGAUGGUUUUUGAGCAAAAAGAGUUCUGAGAACUUGAGGAAGACUGGGCAAGCCUUUUUAGAUGAGCUUGGAAGUCUUAAAGUAUUCAAAAAGGAGUCUAAGUACUUUCUUCCUGCCGAAGAUCCCAAAGUAAAAUUGGACCUGACCAGCUACUUUGCGAAAAGGCCACCUGGCGUAUUACACUGUACUACAAAAUUUACUGACUUUGGAAAGGCUAUGGGAGCUGAUGAAUAUGCACAACAAGAAGUUGUGAAGGCUUCCUAUGGAAAAGCCUUUACCUUGACUAUCUCUGCGCUGUUCCUCACGACAAAAACGGCGGGUGCUCGCGUGGAACUGAGUGAGCAAGAACUGCUGCUGUGGCCAGGAGACGUGGACAAGGUAUUGCCUACAGACAACCUGCCCAAAGGCAGCCGGGCUCACGUUACCCUUGGAUGUGCCAGUGGCAUAGAACCGGUCCAGACUGGAAUUGAUUUGUUGGAGUUUGUCAAGCUGGAAAAGGCAGGGAACAAAGGUGAUGAAAUUGAGGAAGUUGGUGGAGGGAAACUGCAGUACUUUGGCAAUGGCAUGUGGAUGCUCCUACUUUCUAAAAAGAUCGAAGUGAAGGCUAUUUUCUCAGGUUACUACGGCAAGGGAAAGCUCGUGCCUACUCAGGGCAGUAACAAGCGAGGCUCUGCCUUUAAUCCCUGCACUAUCAUCUAAGUGCUCCAGCUGUGCAGUGUUUUUGGGGUUUUUUUUAAGACCAUAACUUGGGUAACCUUUAUAAAGUUGUAAAAAGAAAGUUCUACGUGUACUAAAGUAGCCCUUUUGCAAACUCUAGUAUGAAGUGUCUCUCCUGGGACAAUGUAUUGGCCCUCAGGAAGGAAAUUGGUGACCUGAGUGUAAAGGAAAACGAAGUGGCUAAAAACAACUAUUUCUGAUAAUUAUGUAGACCAAAUAGGAUCUUUUAAAUAACUGAAGUGCUGAAUGACUUUUUAAAAUGAUAGAUAUUUGUAGAGAGGUCUCACUCCUCGUUUUGUUCCUCAGAGGAUCAUUCCUGAUAGUUCACGUUUUGUAAUUUCCCUAUGAACCUCAAUUGUUCGAAGAUGUGACCAUAACUGAUUUAGACAGUAGUGGACCAAAGUUUUUAAGCUACUUUUCAUUCUGUGAAGCCAAGUGAGUUGAAGCUGAAAGUUCAACCCAGCUUUAAGUUGGUACAGUCCCCCACAGGCUGAUGGAACAUCCUGCCCUUGGUAGCAGAUGAUUAAAACCACUAGGAUUAGGUAUGUACUAUGGGGAGUACAAGAAUCUUCAUUCGGAAGGGUCAAACUAUUGCAUCCCCAUGGCUAGCAGUGUGUGGCCUACCCUAACUUCAUGUGCUACCAGAAUGCUUUGAAGACUUCCUUGGGUGUGAGAGAAAGGAGAAGUGCAUUGGUGGGUGGGAGAAGGAUCUACUUCCAGUUUAAAAUUGAAGCUCUAUUAAAUGGAACUACUCUGGGUAAGAUCAUGAAAAGAAUUUAAAUAUCAGGAAAAACUUCCUGGAAGUGAGAUCUGCUCGGUCUUCUAGUGAAAAUGGCAGGCACCACCAUCACAUGAGACAUCUAAACGGAGACUGGACAAAGCUCUACUGUAUGUAUAUUGUAGGGAACAAUUCUGCCCUGGCAGGGGAUGGAAUAGAUUAACGAAUAGGUCUUUUCCAUCUCUAACUCCUGAUCCUAUACACUAAAAUCAUGUCUGAAGUACUAAAUUGUACUUCAUGCAAAACAGGUUUUCCUGCUUUGGAUUCAAAGUCUAAUUCUUUUGAAUGUUAAGAUUAGCAUGGAAGUACAUGAAGCUAACAUGUUACUUAGGAAGUAAAUAAUGGUGGCAUUGUAAUUUAUGCCUAACUUAACCUGCUCAAAUCUACAUUUUUCCAGCUGGUUGUCUAAUGUUCAAACAUUUUAGUUAUUACACUUUUUAAUUAUAGUUGAAACUUAUUUCUGCUCAUGUGAACAUAGUGAGAUGCUGCUUGCCUACUGAUCAGAUAUUUGCUGUCAUUACCUUCCUGUAACAUUUGGCUGAACUAAUCAGGUCAGACCAAGCAGUUUAAACUCAUGUUAUGGCUCAAUGUCCCAUGAACUGUAAAGUGUAUUAAAAUAAAUCCAGUAUUAAUGUG